AUAAUCCUUCAUCCUAGCUAAGCAAAGAGAUACUUAGCAUGGGAAUUAGAUACUUAGGUUUUGCAAUAUUGGUGCUUGCUACAAGCAUCUUAGUGUUAGGGAUCACUGCGUCGGAUGUUGAUAAAAAAGGAUGCUCAUUUCGUACUAGGGCAGCCAUUUUGCUUGAAUGUGCUGAAUACAUCCAAAUCUUAGGGCCAGAAAUUCCACCUUCGUAUGCGUGUUGUGCAGUUAUGAAAACGGCUGAUAUCCCUUGCCUCUGCAAACAUAUACCCAGAAAUAUUGAGGUUAUUAUCAGCAUGAAAAAAUUUGUGGAUGCUGCUCAUACUUGUGGAAGUGAAAUUCCUCCACCAGGAGGCAUGUGUGGAAGUUAUAUUAUUCCUCCUUCUUCUCCCGAGGAACCACCGGUUCGACCUUCACCUCCGCCACCGGAAUCUGAGUCUCCUCCGUCUCCUGAAGAACCUUCUCCUCCUGAGGAACCACCAGUUCAACAUUCACCUCCACCACCGGAAUCUGAGUCUCCUUCGUCUCCAGUUGAACCUUCUCCUCCUGAGGCACCCGUAGUUCAACAUUCUCCUCCGCCACCGGUUCAUAAUUCUCCUCCAUCUCCUGUUCGUCGUUCUCCUCCUACGUCCCCUGUUCGUUCACCUAUUAGUCGUUCUCCUCCUAAGUCCCCUAUUCGUCGUCCUCCUCGUUCUCCCCGUCGCUCUCCUCACAUGCCUUGAACGAUAAUAUUCAAGGCGCACAAUUUGAUCAAUUAGUUUUGGCAUCUAUUUAUAAAUAGUGAAUAAAUUGAUCAUAGUUUAAAUAAUAAAAUGUAAUAAUCUUUUAUGUUUAAAAAAAAUGAAUAAAUAAAUUGAUCA